AUGGACUCUAAUUUUAAGACUGAUAGGGAUUUUCGGAAAUCUACUUCAAGAUCAGUGUCCACUCUUAAUGGAGUGGUUGUAAGCACUUCGUUAUUUCGUCGGAAGAAUUUUGGAUUUCUCCGCUCAGCUUCGCUGCCGUUCACCAUGGCCAAAGCUUCUUCUUCCUUAUUCCAAACCCUAAAGCGCUACUUCAAGAAACCUUGGGAGAUCACCGGCCCGUGUGCAGAUCCAGAGUACAGAUUAGCCGUCCCGAGCGCCUUAGAGUACAGGGUCUUUUGCCCCGCCACUACAAAGGAGAAAGCCAUUGUCCCUACUUCCAAUCCCGAGACCGUCUUCGACAUUAAGUAUUACACUCGCGACCAGCGUCGCAAUCGCCCUCCAAUUCGACGCACAAUUCUCAAGAAACCUGAUGUCGAGAAGAUGAUGAAGGAGACCAGAUUCGACCCAGCUGACUUCCCCAAAGUUUAUCUCACUGCCGCCAUCGAGGAGGAUAUCAAUGCUCGUGGUGGUGGUUAUCAGAAGUAGUAAGGUUCUUUGUGCUCUGGGAAAUGUUCUCUCCAGCUUGCAUUCAACUCUGCUUCUCUUUCAAUGUUAAUCUGAGAGUGGGUUAUUUAGGUACAGUAGUUUGUAUGCCUAGCCUAUAUAUUAAUACAAGACAUGAGACUUGGCAUCAAUAAACUGCAUCUCCUCAAACUCCUACUCAAUUUUUUGUUUCUUUUGUAAUGUUAUGUGCUUAUAUUACAAGCAUUUGCAAAGACUCUUGCAUUUUUCAUUGCUCCUGAAUUAUAGGACAUUUUGCUUGCAUAUCAUUAUUGUUAUACCCCGAGCUUUGUAUUAUUUGUCUUUGACUGCAACAAUAACAGAGCUGGGAUCUUAGUCACAUGGACCUAUGAAUAAAGAACUGAAAUUUCCCUUGUCUUCUAA